AUGUCUGAAACUCAGCAGGUUCAGAACUCUACUGGUCCGAUUCGAUCUUCCGAAAAAAUUGAAGAUACCUUUAGGAGGAUGAAAGUGAAUGAAGACAAUAUGGAGCAAUCAAGUCCAUAUCCUGAUCGUCCAGGUGAGCGAGAUUGCCCGUUUUAUUUGAGAACUGGCCAGUGUGGGUAUGGAAACAGCUGCAGAUACAAUCAUCCUCUUACUUAUCUUCCACAGGCUGUUAUUUAUCACCGUGAUGAGCUGCCUGAGAGAAUUGGACAACCAGACUGUGAGUAUUAUCUGAAGACGGGAGCCUGUAAGUAUGGGGCAACAUGUAAAUAUCACCACCCAAAGGACAGGAAUGGUGCUGGACCCGUGUUGUUCAAUGUUCUCGGUUAUCCAAUGCGACAGGGUGAGAAGCCAUGUCCAUAUUACAUGCAGACAGGAAUGUGUAGAUUCGGAGUUGCUUGCAAAUUCCAUCAUCCUCAUCCUCAGAGUCAUAACGCCCACUCUACAUAUGGAAUGUCCAGCUUCCCUUCUGCUGGUUAUCCGUACGCCGGUGGAUUACCGAUGAUGUCUUUGCCUCCUGCGUCGUAUGGAGUUAUGCCACCUCCUGCAACAUAUGGAGCAAUGUCACGUUCUCAAGUUCCUCAGCCUCAGGCGACUUACAUGCCCUUCAUGGUUGCUCCCUCUCAAGGCCUCUUACCUCCUCAAGGCUGGGCCACUUACAUGUCCAAUCCUAUGUAUAAUGUGAAAUCUCAACCUGAGUCAAGUUCUAGUGCAUCGGUGCCUGUGGCGGUGACAUCGCAUCAUCAUCAGAGUUUCUCUGAGAGAGCUGAAUGUAGGUUCUUUAUGAACACUGGAACGUGUAAAUAUGGAGAUGACUGCAAAUACAGUCAUCCUAAAGAAAGGAUGUUGCUGUCUCAACCAAACCUCUUAAACCCUGUCGUUCUUCCAUAUAGACCAGGACAACCGGCAUGUGGUAACUUCAAGGCUUAUGGUUUCUGCAAGUACGGAGCAAACUGCAAAUUUGAUCACUCAGUGUCUUCUCUGCCUACUGCUUAUGCUUCACCACCUGUGAGUGUCUCAUCGCCACCAAGCCGCUCUGAUUCAACCACUCUCUCCAAUGGUGGUGAUAAACCUGCUGCUGCCGAGACUCACAGCUCAGAGAAUGAGAAACAAGAAGAUACUCCUGCACAAACGGACAAGACAGAAGUGCAGGAUUCAUUGCCACCAAGCCACUCUGAUUCAACCGCCUUGUCCAAUGGUAAAUCUGAUGCAGAGACUAAGAAACAAGAUGAUGAUGAUUCUGCACAAGUGGAAAAGUCAGAAAAGCAGGAGUCAUCUGAUAAUGCUUCAUGA